AGUAUAAAGUUCCCCUUUCUUAGUUUUGUGUCGAUUAAGAAAUCUGAUCGAUUUCAGAAUUCACAAAGGGCAUACCUAAGAGAGAUGAACUUAGACAGUGACUGCAGCAUGUCAGUCAGUUGUGGCAAUGGGAAACUUAGGCAAUGGCUGAUUGAGCAGAUUGACAGCGGGAAGUACCCAGGAUUGGUUUGGGAGAGUGAUGACAAAACCAUUUUCAGGAUUCCAUGGAAGCAUGCUGGCAAACAAGACUACAACAGGGACGAAGACGCAGCCCUCUUUAAGGGAUGGGCGCUUUUCAAAGGGAAAUACAGGGAGGGGAUUGAUAAACAAGACCCCCCUACGUGGAAAACAAGGUUACGAUGUGCCUUGAACAAGAGCAAUGACUUUGAGGAAAUGGUGGAAAGAAGUCAGUUGGACAUUUCAGAUCCGUAUAAAGUUUAUAGAAUAAUACCAGAAAGUUCAAAGAAAGGAGCCAAACAAAUUAGCAUGGAGGAGCAGUCGGUACAUAUGAACUCGCUUGGCUACACUAUGCACCCUUCAUAUCCUCCCCUGCAAACUCAGGUAUCUAACUACGUGGUGCCUCAUGAACGUAACUGGAGGGAGUAUGAUCAGCCUCACUCUGAAAUGCCUUACAGCCCAUGCCCAUAUCCUGCACGAAGCCAUCCCUGGCAAGGGGCUGCCUGCGAAAAUGCAGGUUACCAACUAACAGGAUCAUUUUUUUGUUCACCUACUGACACACAACCUCAGGGUCUUUCAUUAGAAUCUACCAUGAGGUCUGCAGAAGCUUUUGCUCUCACCGAUUGCCGCCUAAACAUUUGCUUGUACUACCGAGAAUCCCUGGUAAGAGAGGUGACAACGACAAGUCUGGAAGGCUGUAGGAUAUCUUCAAAUCCAAGCAUAGAUGACAAAAUCUAUAGCUACAGCACCAUGGACCAGGUCAUUUUCCCCUACCCGUUUCCAACUUCCCACAGGAAAGGCAUGGAGAAGCUACCAAAUCAUCUGGAGAGGGGGGUGCUGCUGUGGAUGACCCCCGAUGGUCUUUAUGCCAAAAGACUGUGCCAGAGCCGGAUCUAUUGGGAAGGACCUCUUUCAACGUACAGCGACAGGCCUAACAAACUUGAAAAGGAACAGACCUGCAAGCUUUUCGACACACAGCAGUUUCUGACAGAACUCCAAGGCUAUGUCCAUCAUGGACGCUCAAUGCCACGGUUCCAGAUCGUCUUGUGUUUCGGUGAUGAGUUUCCUGAUCCACAGAGGCAGAGGAAGCUGAUCACAGCUCAUGUGGAACCCAUGUUUGCAAAACAACUGUAUUACAUUGCUCAACAACAUAGCACUGGUCCUGUCAUUAGAGGAUACGACUUACCCGAACACGUACCUGCUCCUGAGGACUACCAAAGGGCUAUUGUUCACCCCUCCAUCCAAGAAUGAAGAUACAUUUUAGAUUAUUUAAUAUUCGUUUGGAUUACUGAGUCAUCCAUGGAAGGUAAUGUCACUUAGUAUGCAGUAGCUGAGAGGACAGAGAACUCAGUAAGAAGAGCUGUGACAACUUAAUUUACCUUCACAAAAAACAUGGAAAGAGGAACUACCUACAUGUUAGAGGAAAACUGAAAACUGACAAACAAUUGACUUGCAGGCAUUUUUUUUCCUAUCAAAUGACUGACUGGAUAAUUUUGCAUAAACUGCAAUAUUUAUUUGUAUCCCACCUUCUCAAGCUAGAACAGAACAUUUUUUUUCUUCAAACGGAAAAAAGCCAUUAUUGGGUACAAUACCUUAAACACUUUUUUUAUUUUAAUUUUGAUUCAAUGUCUUUUAUUUAAAGACUCAUAUAGUAUUUGUUUCCUCAGGAAUGAGAAAAGCUACCUACUGAAUAAUCUAUUAAGGCAUGAGUUAAAUCAAAUUUACCCUGUCACAGUAGCCAUAGCGAUGCAAUAGGGUCAUUUAAUAUCAUGUCUGUAGUGUCAUAGUAGCUGUAUUUUGGAUCUAAUCCAGGUCUAACUCCUUGUUGGUUUAUAUUAUAUAUGCAAUUCAGCAAAUUGCAUUUUUUUAAUUAAUUAAUACUAUACUAUAAAGAUGGUUGACAUGUUUAAUGGGCUUUAAACUGAUAUAUUAGUAGUUACAUAAUAUGAGAUGCCCCAACAGACAUUUCCUGAACCAUGUACUUUAUAAGAUACUAAUGUACAAUAUUAAUAGCACAAAUCAUGCAAUAGAUUGUAAGCAGCUAAAUGAAAUCUAUGGUUUGGUGAUGUCACCAACAGAUAUGUAUGAGCUCUGCAAGCUGCAAUGCUAUUUUUUUUUUAAGAUCGCCAGUCUGAAUGUAAUUACCAAAAAAAUAAUAAUAAAAAAUAAU